GUAUUGAUUUCAGUGAUGGCUACCGCCGUUCGCUAACACACCCUCCUGUGCCUGAUACUGCCGAAAGAUCGGCUCUGCGUGGUAUUUAGUAGUGAAAUAAAAGCGAAUCGAGCCGAUGAGAAAAGUACAAAAGUUACGAUUAAUCAAAAUAUGGAAGUGAAAUAACGAAGACCUGCCGUCUGGGAAGAAAUCGCGCAACUGCAUCCGGCUAUUACUCAAAACUCGCCGAUUACCAUACUGGGUGCACUAGUCCCAGCCGGCGAAGAACCGGAUCUCCUGGUUCUCAUUCCGAUUCUUUUUCCACGCACAUACGGCAACCGGAUACUUCGAUCAAGAGGCAAUGGCAGGCCUGCUAAACACGACAACGAAUUUAUUUCACGAUGCUUACGACUACUAUCUGUGGACGCUUUCGCUGGCAGAUGAUAGAACGAGAGGAUGGAUGCUGGUCGAUUCGCCAGCGCCGACGCUGCUCUACACCUUGUUGUACCUCGGAAUAGUUUGGGCCGGACCAAAGAUCAUGCGGAGAAGACGAGCCUUCAAGCUCACCUGGGCCCUCGUCCCCUACAACUUGGCAAUGGCCUGCCUCAACGCUUACAUCGCCAUAGAAUUAUUCGUAGCCUCGACCAGGUUACGGUACAGUUACGUGUGCCAGCCGAUUAGACACAUCACUAGGCCAGAUGAACUUCAGAUUGCGAACGCGGUUUGGUGGUACUACUUCAGCAAGCUACUCGAGUUCUGCGACACGUUCUUCUUUAUUCUUAGAAAGAAGGAUAACCAGCUUAGCUUCCUUCAUGUUUAUCAUCAUUCCACCAUGUUCUCCUUGUGGUGGAUUGGCAUCAAGUGGGUGCCGAGCGGGUCCACAUUCCUUCCGGCAAUGGUGAACAGCUUCAUUCAUGUCCUGAUGUAUUCCUAUUACGGACUUGCCGCCCUCGGUCCGUCGGUAGCGAAAUUCUUGUGGUGGAAGAAGUACCUGACGAUUCUGCAGUUGAUUCAGUUUACGGCAGCCCUGGUUCUCGGUAUAAAUGGGAUUCGUUCGGGGUGCGAUUUCCCGCUGUGGAUGCAGUACGCUUUGGUUUUGUACAUGGUCUCGUUCAUAGUGCUCUUUGGGAACUUCUACGCAAAGGCCUACAUAGCCAAGGGCAAACGAGCCUAUGCUGCUAAAAUGGCGGCCAACGGUAAAGCGGUGCAGGCCAAAUUAGCCGCGGAAGCUUCGAUGUCUGCGGAGAGCAUAGCAAACGGUAAAUUGCAGAGGAACGGGUACAGGAACGGUUACGCAAAUGGUACGACGAAAAAACUACAAUGAGUGGAAGGCAGGACACGCUGUAAGGACAAAGCCUCUUAAUCCAUUGACGCGAACAGCCCGAUAUAGGAAUGAAGUAGCGAAAAUCAGCAGAAGACAGCAACUAGUCGGUUCUGGACCUGGAAAUUUUCUGGCUGGUGCAGAAGGAUGGACUGUUGAUGCACAGUGGAGAACGAGGCGCUUUAGUCUAAGGACGAUAAAGUUUAGCUGCGGCUUACCACUAAGACGGCUAGGCGGCUGCUGGCUUCCGGUGUGACUUUUCACAAGCGGAGAGACGCGGCUAUCUUUUAGUUAGUAUUUGUACAGAAACUAUGAAACCUCUUUUUAUAUAAUAUGACAUACCUACUUUAAUAUGCAACGUCUGCAGCAUGGCUGUGAAACGGUCGCAAUUAGCAAAUAGUUAUAUGUUAUUUGGGCGAUUGAAAGGUUUUCGCCGAGUGCGGGACGACGAGUAACACAUUCCUUCAAGUACCCAACAUCCGCUUUCCUUCACCUGGAUGAUUCUCAUGCAGGAAAACAGACACGAACAGGUUCCGUAAACGCAUAUACUACGGUGUGCAUGAAAAAUGCGUUUAUAAUUCCCUGUAGAGCAAUUAUUAUACAAAAACAUCACCUUCGCACAACUGUAAUUGGUAAAACCAGUUCGUGCUUAAGAACCGUAGGUGAAAAGAGUCGUGGUUGCAUUGUUCAGUUUUAAAAUGUCGUAAGGUAUUCUUGGUCAACUACAACGAUGAUGAUGACAAUGAUACUUUAUUUAUUCAAGUCUUCAUUGCAUUAUUACUUCUGAUAAAAGCUAUACGAUUACAUGAGGUGAUUACAUGUGGAUAAAAGAGAAAUGUUGUUAUAUUACGUUUGAAAAAAAACUACUGUGAAAUUGUAACAAUUAUUAUUACCAUUGUUAUGAAAAUACGUCAUUGCCGAGCAGUGCUCGAAAAUUGAUAA